GAAGCGUAUGAUGAAGAUAACAAAGUCAAUUUAAGCAGAGAGGGCUUUAAAGUUGCUGUAGUAAUGUUGUUUGGUUAUAAACUGUUCCAGGUGAAGGUGGAUUCAGUAAUGUCUUCUGUGAGACCACAAAAUUCAGGUCUAUUAUUUGAAAAGUUAAAUCUCAUGAGUGCAAAAAAGGCUGCACAGUUAUACAGUAACGAAGCAAGGCAAAUAUUUACAGAUUUUGAUGUGCAAGAUAGAGGAUUUUUAACUUUUGAAGACUUCAAGAAAGCCUUCAACUCUGUUUCUGCUAAGUUAUUUGAAAGAAUCAUAGCUGAAGCCUUCAGAGAAGUCGAUCAGGAUUCUGAUGGCCGCAUCAGCUUCAAAGAGUUUGAAUCUGCAAUGAAGUAUGGACAAGAUGAAGUAUCACCAGUGUACUUUGCCUACAGAAUAUUCUCUGGUGGAAAGACAAAGUGA